AUAUUCACACUCACAGUCACAAGUGUUGGUGUGCGUUGUUUGGUGUAGAGUGAGACCGUGAGUGUGGGGUUAGGGUGUCUAUUCACAUUUCCCAUUCUCCACUAUCACCACCGUUCUCGCCGCCGAUCAUUCUCCGUCACGGUCACCGCCGCCACCGCACCACCCCCUCAUAUACAUACGCAUGUGAUACUGCUUAGAUGGUGAACAAAAAGCGAAAUCCUCGCUCCAAACAGCCGCCGCCGGCCACCACAACCGACCCGAACGCGGUUUCCGAUGAAGCUAUCAGAAUCGUUACUUCUCAAUCCGCCGCUGUGCCGCGCUCCGCGAUCAAAGCGGAGUGCGAGCGAGCCCUAACUGCUCUCCGGCGCGGCAACAACGCUCGUGCUCUGAAGCUGAUGAAGGAUUGCUGCUCCCGCCACGAGAAUUCGCCUCACUCGGCGUUCCUCCACCGCGUCCACGGCACGGUGUGUGUCAAAGUCGCGGAGGUUAUGGACGACCCGAACGCGAAGCAGAGGUACCUGAAGAACGCCGUCGACUGCGGGAAGAAAGCGGUUGAGCUCUCGCCGAAUUCGAUCGAGUUCGCGCAUUUCUACGCGAGCUCGCUCUAUGAUACCGCGAGCGAUGGCGGCGAGUAUGAGGAGGUGGCGCAUGUGUGUGAGAGGGCAUUGGCGGUGGAAACCCCUAACGACCCGGCGAAGGAGAGUUUGCAGGAGGAGAGCCAGCAGAAGAUACAGACGGCGGAGGCGCGUGUGGCUCACGUGCAGAGUGAGCUUCGGCAGCUGAUUCAGAAGGCCAACAUUGCUUCAUUUUCGUGCUGGAUGAAGACAUUGGGCAAUGGGGAGGACAGGUUUCGGUUGAUUCCGAUUGGUAGGACCAGUGAGGAACCAGUGGAUGAGAGGCAGGUUCAGGCUAGAAGGGGGAAUGAGAUCAAGAAGGUGAUCAAGUCCCCUGAAGAGAGGAGGAAAGAAAUCGAAGUUCGAGUUGCGGCUGCGAGGUUGUUGCAGCACAACAAGUCUGAGCCGCCGCCGCCGCAAUCUCAGGAUGAUAGGGAUGGAACUCAUGAAAGGGCAGUGGAUACAUACUCUUCUGGUAAUAGAAGAAAGUAUGGACAUGCUAGAAACAAUGGGUCUUCGGCUGAGAGGGAGGGUUUGGUGCGCUCCUAUUGGAAUGGGAUGAGUUUGGAUAUGAAGAUGGGGUUGCUUAGGGUUAAAGUUUGUGAUCUCAAGUCACACUUUGGGUCUUUGAAGGAUCCUUUGCCAAAGGAGGUUUUGUCCGAGGCUUUGUCCUAUGCUGAGGUUAAUAGAACUUGGAAGUUCUGGCUUUGCUACUGUUGUGGGGAGAAGUUGCCGAGUGCAGAAGCUCAUGGGCGGCACGUUGUGCAGGAACAUAUGGGGAAUCUCGCCCCCAAAAUGCAGAGGCUUUUGCCCCAAAAUGUUGGUAGUGAAUGGAUUGAGAUGAUUCUUAAUUGUUCUUGGAAGCCUGUGGAUGUGGCUGCAGCUAUAGAAAUGAUUGUAAAUAGAGAAAAAUUCAGAGAUUCUUCAUCACAUUAUGAUUCUUACUUGGGUCGUCCUAGAGACGGGUACAUUGAUUGUUUUGAAGACGCAAGUGACAUUUACGAUGAUGAAGGAAGUACAAAUUAUAGUGUUCACAACUGUACAACAGAAAAUACUGACUAUUGUAAAAGUGAGGAAAAUGAUAUUAGAGGUGGUGUUGAAGCCGAAGGGUCUAUAACAUGUAACUUCGCUGAUAGUUGGCCUAUAUCCAAUGACUCUGAACGUGCAAAACUGCUAGGGAAAAUUCGUGCAGUAUUUGAGGUGCUUAUUAGGCACAAAUGUCUUGCUGCUAAUCAUCUUAGCAAGGUCAUACAAUUUACGGUGGAUGAGAUACAGGGUCUUAUUGGCGGUUCUCAACUCCUAAACUAUGGUGUGGACCAAACACCUAUGUGCAUUUGUUUUCUGAGAGCGGCCCAGCUCAAGAAGAUGCUCCAAUUUUUACAGGAAGUAUCUUAUGCUUGUGGUUUGGGUAUCUACACUGACAAAAGUAAUAGUCCCAUGGAUGAUUUGCACAAUGCCAGUGAAGUUCCUGAGAUCAAAGAGAAGAUUGUUCUCAAUGGAGAUGCAUCAUGCCUCCUACUUGAUGAGUGUUCACUACCAACACAAGUCACUCUUGGUAGAGCUCAGGGGAUUGUAUUGGAUGACGCAUCUGCCCCGACUUCUACUAAUGGGGUUUCACACAAUACCGAUGCUUUGCUAUCAUGGAUAUUUUCAGGUUCACCUAGUGGGGAUCAAUUGAUAUCAUGGAUGCGCACAAGAGAAGAUAGAAGCCAUCACGGAAUAGACAUUGUCCAGAUGCUCGACAAGGAGUUUUAUCACCUACAGAGCCUCUGUGAGAAGAAGUAUGAUCGUUUAAGUUAUAAGGAAGCUUUGCAAGAAGUAGAGGAUCUUUGUCUUGAAGAAGGUAAUAGGAGGGAGAAUGUUGGUGGAUUCGUCCAGCAAAGCUAUGAGUCUGUCCUAAAAAAGAGGAGAGAUGAGCUCAUUGAGAGUGAGAAUGAGGCGAUGUAUGUUAGCAAUAGGUUUGAAGCAGAUGCUAUUGCAAGUGUUCUGCAAGAAGCAGAAGCAAUUAAAGUUAAUCGAUUUGGGUAUGAGGAAGCUUAUGCUAAUGUAACUUCUAAUUUACGUGAUUUGGAAUCUGGUGAAGAAGAUGAGUGGAGAACGAAAGAGUAUUUGCAUCGAAUGGAUAGCUGUGUAGAAAUUGCUGUUCAGAAACUGAAGGAGCACUUAUCUAUAGAGCUUAGCAAAAUUGAUGCACGAAUAAUGAAAAAAGUUACAGAGAUGCAGAAAUUGGAACUCAAACUUGGGCCUAUUUCUGCUUAUGAUUAUCGAGUGAUAUUAUUGCCUCUAGUGAAGUCAUACCUAAGGGCUCUUUUGGAAGAUUUGGCAGAGAAAGAUGCGACAGAGAAAUCUGAUGCUGCAAGAGAAGCUUUUUUGGCUGAACUUGCUCUUGAUUCUAAGAAGAUUGUUAAAGGGGGAAGUGAGAACACAAGACAUUUGGAGAAGACAAAAGACAGGAAGAAGAAUAAAGAUCAUAGAAAAGCAAGAGAUUUAAAUGCUUCACGUGGUCAUGAGCAGCUCUUGCUUCAAACUGCAAUUCCUGAUUCCUAUCCAGUUUCAUCUGAUAGCAACUAUCUAGACUCUGAGAUGGUUGUUUCAAUGAAAGGUGAUGACUUGGAUCCACAAGAAGAGGAAUUUAGACGUAAAAUUGAGCUCGAAAAGGAGGAAAAAAAACUUGAAGAAACUUUGGAAUUUCAGCGGAGGAUAGAAAAUGAAGCUAAACAGAGGCACCUUGCUGGGCAACAAAAGAAAUCAUCUGGGACAUAUUUAGAGAAACUGGCAGACAGAACUCAAGAUUAUGAAUUGAGGGCGGAUGUUGAUGUCCGAGGUGUAAAUGAACACAUAAGACCACCUAUGCUGGUACAGUGCCCUAGCAAUACGGAUGGCGUGCUUAUUACCAAAACAAAUGGAUCCAUGGUACCAAUUAAAUCUUCACCUGAUUUAGCUGCCCAAAAGAAUCUUUGUAUGCAUCAUUCAAAAGAUAGGCAAGCAGAUUUGGCUAAUGGAAUAGUUACGGAGAAUGGUCUUCGCUUUCCUGAUCGUCCUGUAGGAAAAAAUCAUAGGCGACAUAAGAAUUCUUCUAGAUUAGUAAAUGGAAAUUUGGAAUCUAUUGGAAUGGAAAAAGAGAAUGAGGUUACACAUACUGACAAUCACUUCAGAGAGAAGGCUAAAGUCCACAACAACCAAGACGCUAAUAAUGUUUCGGGAGACUAUGGAUCAAAGAUGGUGAAAGUGGUGGAACUUAAAGAUGAUGAGGAGGAAAGAUUCCAAGCUGAUCUUAAAUUAGCAGUACGCCAAAGUCUAGACACACAUCAAGCACAUAGGAAAGUGCCUUCAGUUUCCAGUUUGAACAAGCCUCAGAGUGCUUUAGAAGUGGAUAGUGUGGGUUUUCCAUUGGUGGAAGAAACAGCUGAGAAUGUGAAUGGAAUUAUUGGUACUGGGCUGAAGAAUGAAGUAGGUGAAUAUAAUUGUUUUCUCAAUGUUAUUAUACAGUCAUUGUGGCAUUUAAGCCGCUUUAGGAAGGAAUUUCUUGGAAGAUCAAGAUCAGAGCAUGAUCAUGUGGGCAAUCCUUGUGUUAUCUGUGCACUGUAUGACAUCUUUACUGCCAUGGAUGUUGCAUCAAAGGAUUCCAAGAGAGAAGCAGUAGCACCUACUUCCCUGAGGAUAGCUCUAAACAAUCUAUAUCCAGAUAGUAACUUUUUCCAGGAGUCUCAGAUGAAUGAUGCUUCUGAAGUACUGGCAGUGUUAUUUGACUGCCUCCACCUAGCAUUUACUUGUAGUUCAAGUGUUUCUGAUAUCGAAUCAGUGGAAAGCAGCUGCAUGGGAUCUUGGGAUUGUACAAACCGUAAUUGUAUAGUACAUUCACUAUUUGGAAUGGAUAUUUUUGAACGAAUGAAUUGCUAUCACUGUGGUCUUGAGUCCAGGCACUUGAAGUAUACUUCCUUCUUUCACAAUAUAAAUACCAAUGCCCUUCGGACAAUGAAGGUAUCUUUACGAAGGGUUAUGUGUGCUGAAAGCUCCUUUGAUGAGCUUUUGAAUUUAGUGGAGAUGAACGAUCAGCUGGCUUGUGAUCCAGAAGUUGGUGGUUGUGGCAAGCUCAACUACAUUCAUCACUUUCUUUCAACUCCACCACAUGUUUUUAUGACAGUUCUAGGUUGGCAAAAUUCAUGUGAGAGUGCUGAUGAUAUAACAGCAACUGUUGAAGCCCUGAGCACUGAGAUGGAUAUUAGUGUCCUUUAUCGGGGUUUAGAUCCUAAAAGCACCCAUAGCUUGGUUUCCGUGGUUUGCUACUAUGGGCAGCAUUAUCAUUGCUUUGCAUAUAGCCAUGACCAUGAACAAUGGAUUAUGUAUGAUGAUAAGACUGUCAAGAUAAUUGGUGGAUGGACUGAUGUUCUUCAAAUGUGUAAACGAGGGCAUUUACAACCCCAGGUUCUGUUUUUUGAAGCUGUAAAUUAGUUUUCUGGCUGAACUGAUAACAUCAUUUACUGGACUGAAGAACAUUGAGUUUGACACUUUGGCAUCCAACUGGUUUAUGGUAAGGCCUUGUUUAUGCAGAUGCAUUUCUGCUUACACAUGUGGCUUUGGAAAUCAAAGCAAGUUUCAGUG